UACGUACGCCUUUGGUUACAUAAGAGUUGAUACGACAUAAAAUAACUUGUACAUUGAGGGUUUGAGAUGCGUGUUCUAUUACGCUGUCAUAAAUUUCUCUGCUAUAUUUUCUUGUAUACCUGAAGAAUGUUGCUAAUGACAGAUAAAAUUCUGUGAUACUGUAGUUCUGGGGACUUUAGAACAACCGGCUUUGGCCUUUUUCAUGUCCCUGGUUGAGCUUUCUGGAGUCCGGCGCUGUACAGUUUAAGUAAAAGCUACUCAAAACUUGGGUUAGAGCUGCUGCUUUCUCGAUUGCUUUUCUUGUUCGUAUUCCAAAAUUUUGUCACUAUGGUCUCCUUGUCUGCUUCAGUGAAUAAAUUAGACAUACAUUUUAGAAAAUCAAUGGGCAUGUCUAGGUCCAAUUAUAUUCUACUGGGAAAAGAUCAGGGUUUUAUCUAUAAGUAUUUUUAAGUUAAAGGAUGAAGAAAUUUUUGAAUAGUAUCUCUCAUGUAUAAUAAUUGUGACUAAUAUGAGUGCUAAGGACGUAAUCUCUGCUCUCAAAGCUAAGUACAGUAUCAGUAGUUACAUUAGCAGAGUAUGAGUCCAUAUUAUCUUGGGUGUUGUGAAUAUUAGAUAUAAUAAAAUAUUCAUAAAUUAUUUUCUCAGCCUUUCAUCAUUGGAUGUGUGUGUGUGUGUGAUAUUUACACUCAGUUACUUAUUUGAAAUAAAGCAUUUUCUCACAGUGGGAUAUCUUCUGAGACUACCCUUGUGAGAAUGUUUCCAUGCCCACUUGUCUUUCUACUUAGAAAUAAUGACUUUAACUGCUUUUAUUGUUCUUACAGUGGCUGAAGAAUUUCUUAGUUCCUGAGUUUGCUUUUGUUGCCUUGCCCUGAGUUAUUAGAUUGUGUGUGUGUGUGUGCGCGCGUGCGUGUGUGUGACAAAGACUUGAAUAGAAGAAGCUGAUACUGUUUAGCUGAUUAACUCUUCUUUCUCUUCCUCCUCUUCCUCUCCCUUCCCUUCUCUCUCUCCUCCUCCCCUCCCUCCUCCUCUCCCUCCUCCUCUCCCUCCUCCUCCCUCUCCUCCUCCUCUUCUCCCUCCUUCUUUUCUUCCUCUUCCUCCUUUUCUCCUUUCUUCUUUGUAGCAUUCACUUUUUUUCUAUUUAGAAGACUAAAAGCUUUACUUCAUUUUUUACAAUGAUUCAAUUUAGCCAUAGAAUUAAGUUAUAGAUAUUAUGUUUAAUCUCAGAUGUUUCUCUUACUGUUUCUCCAUCUGACUUCCUUUGAGUUCACUUUUAGGAAUCUAAAGUAGAUGGGAAGAAUAUUUAGGAGAUGGAGAAGAGAUGUAAAAAUCCCUUUUCUUGGUUUUAGAAAGUGUUAACCCUUUUUGGGCUGGAACUUUUAUGCUUUGUAUUCACCAAUUAGAAUAAAACAGGGAUAAAAUAGAGGGAAAUGUACACAACACUUUGUCUGUUGUAUUCACUUUUUGCUAAAGGUUUACUUAGCUGCGUCACUGUGUCAGAUGUAGUAAGUAGAAGUACAACUCCUAAAUGUUUGUCAGAAGAACCUGCUUGCAUAUUAGAUGAUAUGUGCUUCAUGUACAAUUACUGUUGGCCUGUCACUGGAUAUCACCGAUUUAAUACGUUCUAAGUUAAGAGAACAACGGCAUUUUCAAUUUUAUUACCGUGUGCCAUGUAGAAAUAUACAAGGAUAAAAUUGAACUCUAAAUUACCUAUGCUCACUUUACACUCACAGUUUGAGAAUGAUUAUGCAUUUAUGACCACAUUAUUCUGCCUAACCCACAUAGAUUACUUUGUGAUUUGGAAAAUUCAGUGCUUGAAGAAUUUUAUGUUCAUAUAUAUAAGGGGAUUGUAAUAAUAUAAAUUAAUUACAUGUUAUUACCAUACUAUGUAUUUUAUUUUACUGUCUUUUUACCCUAUUAACAAAUGUUUACCUUUUCAUCACAGCUCACAAUUAAAAAGAAAAUUUUAAUGAGUUUAUAGCAAUAGCCAAUGGCCAUUUUUUUUCCAUAAGUUUUUAGUUGUGUGGACUACUGUCUUUAACGUAUUCUUUUUUUUUUUUUUUUCUGCUUGAAUCCUGGGUGAAUAAAGAUAUACUAAGAAGAUGAAAUUCCCACAGUGGUGGGCAUCUUCAGUGCUUUUGGCCUCGUCUUCACUGUCUCUCUCUUUGCCUGGAUCUGCUGUCAGAGAAGAUCAGCCAAAUCCAACAAGACUCCUCCAUACAAGUUUGUGCACGUGCUUAAAGGAGUUGAUAUCUACCCAGAAAACCUAAGUAGCAAAAAGAAGUUUGGAGGAGAUGACAAGAGUGAAGUGAAGGGUAAAGCCGCUCUGCCCAACCUUUCCCUGCAUCUUGACCUAGAGAAGCGAGACCUCAAUGGCAACUUCCCCAAAGCCAACCCCAAAGCUGGCAGCUCUUCUGAUCUGGAAAAUGUCACCCCAAAGCUCUUUACGGAGACAGAAAAGGAGGCCAAUUCCCCUGAGAGCUUGAAGUCCAGCACUUCCCUCACGUCAGAGGAGAAACAAGAGAAGCUGGGGACACUCUUCUUGUCUCUAGAGUACAACUUCGAGAAGAAAGCAUUUGUGGUGAACAUCAAGGAAGCCCAGGGCUUACCAGCCAUGGACGAGCAAUCCAUGACCUCUGACCCGUACAUCAAAAUGACAAUCUUACCAGAGAAGAAGCACAGAGUGAAGACCAGAGUGCUCAGGAAGACGCUGGACCCUGUUUUUGAUGAAACCUUCACAUUCUAUGGAAUCCCUUAUCCCCACAUCCAAGAGCUCUCCUUGCACUUUACAGUUCUGAGUUUUGACAGGUUUUCUAGAGAUGAUGUCAUUGGAGAAGUCCUGAUUCCUCUUUCAGGGAUUGAAUUAUCAGAUGGAAAAAUGUUAAUGACUAGAGAGAUCAUCAAGAGAAAUGCUAAGAAGUCUUCUGGCCGGGGUGAACUUCUGGUCUCUCUCUGUUAUCAGUCCACUACAAACACGCUCACUGUGGUGGUCUUAAAAGCGCGGCACCUACCGAAAUCUGAUGUGUCUGGACUUUCAGAUCCCUACGUCAAAGUGAACCUGUACCAUGCCAAGAAGAGAAUCUCUAAAAAGAAGACUCACGUUAAGAAAUGCACUCCCAACGCAGUGUUCAAUGAACUGUUUGUCUUUGAUAUUCCUUGUGAGAGUCUUGAAGAAAUCAGUGUUGAAUUCUUGGUUUUGGAUUCUGAAAGGGGAUCCCGAAAUGAGGUGAUUGGACGGUUGGUCCUGGGUGCCACAGCAGAAGGAAGCGGUGGGGGGCACUGGAAGGAGAUCUGUGACUUCCCCAGGAGACAAAUUGCUAAGUGGCACAUGCUCUGUGAUGGUUAGCUUCCUGGCCAUGAGCUGCAACUUAAAGAUUUUUACUAGGCAAGAAGCAAUUUUCUUUCUUAUACACGAUUGUAAGCUUGCAGCACAGCAAGCUACUUUAUUAUUUAUUUUUAUUUACUUAUUUGUUUUGGUUAGAAGUGGAUUAAGUUAAUAGACCAGAAAAUAGUUGUAAAUGUGUAUUAUGAUAAUUUCCUCUUUUAUUAGAGGUGUUGGCCAAGUUUUCAUAAGAUAUUCAGUUUCCCUCUGUGUGGUAUUAAGUGGGCCAACCCAGCCUGUUAUGAGCACCCUAGCUUAACCUUGUCACAGAUGUGUGUUGUAGGUGAUGGUUUCAGUUUUGCUUGGUAGUGGAAAUCAGGUGAUUGUUAGAGUUAAAAAUGAGAACCACACCUUUUUGUAUGAAAAUUAAUCCAUGUUUCUUCAGGUUGGGGGAGAUAGGUUUUAUUUAAAUCCAAAGAUAUUUCCAAAAUGUCCUCAAGUCUGGUUUUUUUUUUUUUAGUUAAAUACGUCAUGUACAAAUGAUUGUCUUAUAUAUCAAAGUAUGCUGUAAUUUUCAUGGUGAUUAUUUGAUACAGUCUCAUCAUAAGAAGGGUAGCUUAGGUUCAUUUCAUAAAUACAGCAAACAAGUUGAGAAAUUAAUUUAUAAAAGGGCUGAAUUGAAGAACACUGUGGUUGAUAUGAGAUUUUUUUUUGUUCCAUCACAUGUGAGUCAUGUAAAAUUUAACUUCACCUAAGAACCAUGGUCUUGAAUUAUUCACUGCCUGUCAGAAGCCUCAGUGUGGCCUAAGAUACUCCUAUUUACCAUUGUGAAGUUGUCAGACUAGUGAAAAAAAAUAAACCUAAGCUAGCAAUUCAGUUAGGAAUACAUUUUUUUAAAUAUAAAAAUCUAUCAGUGUACAAGUGUAUUUUCAAGAUUGUCUUUCCCCCUCAGAGUAGACAUGGCUACUUAAGUUUUUAACUUACUCUUACCGAGAAAGAACUAAGCGACUUAAAAAGAAAGAAAAGAAAAGAAAAAAAAAACUUGUGGAAUUCAUUGUCAAGUUGAAGUCAACCACAUUAAGUAAAAGACUAAGACAAGAAAAGAGUAAGCCUUUCAGAAUUUACAAAUAUUCACAAAAUACAGUUAAGCUGUAAAAAUAGCAGAGACAGUGUGUUCUUCGCUGUCUUUAGACGCCAGUUUGUUUUGAGCUGUUAUUUUUAAGAUAGCUUAAAUUAUCGUGUCUUGUGCCACUCCCAAUUGCUAAGUUCUGAAAUUCUUGCAAAACCUGUGUGAGGCGAGCAGAGCUCUGGCAUUUCCUGGGAAGACUUAAUUCAAUGGCAAUGUCUUUAUAUUUGAGUCAUCAGAGACUCAUGAGUAUGACUUAGGUCCAGCCGAAUUAUUAAAUAUGCAAGUUAGAGAUAAUGUCUACUGGAAAUUUUACCUUUGAGUCAAGUUUUGUGUCAGUGCUUUAGCAUUUUUGAGAAUGUGUUUGAUAUCACAGUGUUUGUAAAUUCGAUGAAAAUGUAUUUCUGAACCACUUGUCUGUGCUUUUUAUGACUACGACAAAACUCUGACUUUCUAUAAGGAGAUAUAUUUCAUUCUGUUUGUACAAAAAUUUUAUGCCUUCCCCUCACUCAUCGCCAUCCAGUGACAACGUCAUCUGACAUCUCUGCCUACUCAGCAGUCUGAGAAUAACAUGGAGUGAGCUGCGGUCAUGUGGAGUUGGGGAGGCCAGGCGGCCUCUGCAUGUAUGUACAUUUGAUGUCAUAGGCCAUGGAACCUGUGGAGCUUGGAGCUUUAAUGUCAAGAGACUUCAUUUCCAAGUAUCCCACAGAAUGGCAGGAAGCUGAUGGUGACCCAGGUUAUAGGAUGUUUGGUGGAAAAAAAAUUUUUUUUUUUAAAAUAGAAAAUAAAUCUGACAACAAAUACUUUAAAAAUUGUAAAUAGUUUUUAGUUUUACGACUUAAAGUGUUUUGAUGGGGAAAGUUGAUUGAAACUAUAACUGGUUUUAAGGGAAAAAAAAGAGAGAAACACAAGAAAGGAGAAAA